UGAAACUAAAGGAAACGAAGAGAUAUUGUACGAAGUAAUAAAAUAUUUGUCGACCUCGAAGUAUAUUUAUUAUAGAAUAAUAUUCUAAACACUGUAAAACAAACAGAUGAAGCCCUACCCUGGAGCGAAGCUUGUGGUCAGAAUGGCCAGGUACGGUUGUACAAAUCGACCGUUUUAUCAUAUAGUGGUCACCUGGAACAGGUAUCCCCGGGACAAGAAGAUCAAGGAACAGAUUGGCUUCUAUGACAGGUUACCAAACCAAACUGGGGAACAGGUGCUGGGGCUGAACCUGGACAGAGUCAGCUAUUAUUUUAAGUACGGGGCACAAUUCUCCAGACCUGUCCUUCAGCUUUUAGGCAUCAUAGGAUAUUUCCCCAUCCAUCCGUACACGUUGUUGGAAGCCAAAAGAAUAACACGACGUCGGGAAGAACUAGAAGAAAAAAUCAAAGGACUAUACAAUGAACAGAAAAGUGAACAUUCAAAGGAGACAAUAGAAUCAGAAAGUUUGGACAUUGACCAAUCAAAUGUGUCGGAUACAAAUGUGCCUGUAACUUCAGAAAUAUUAUCAGAAUCAUUAAACAAAGCUCGUGAAUUGUCGGUAUUAAAACUGUGAAAUAUACAUUGUUAGUUUCUGCUGUAGAAUGAAGUAUGUGUGUGUUAUCUACAAGGAUCAUAUCAUAAGCAAAAUCAUCAUUUAUUGUCUUCCAUCAUUUUGACCAUCACUAUGAUGCAUGAAGAAUAGAAUUUUGGAUGUCUUUUGUUUAUUUCUUUCAAUGUGUGUAACUGUAUUCUAUUUGACUUUCAAACAGGCAAAUUGAAAAUAUCUCAAUC